AUAGAUAUUCCCAAUGACAUUUCGCUUCACUAUUCACCAUACACUGCGUGUGUGUUUUUUUCCUCUGUUUCACAUUAACAUUCUCUGUUAUUGCUUUGCCCGUGUCACCAAUAGAAUCAUACGAUUUAUUUCGUGCGAUAGACAGACACUACGGUAUUAAACGAUCUGACGUUCAACAGUUAACAUUAUCAGCUCUGAAAAUGUUUUAAUUUGGAUCGAAUCAUAUUUUGCGUCGACAAAGUUUAAUUCAUCAUUUUCUUUGUUUAACACAAAGGGAAAACUAAAGCCAAAGAAUUUUUUUUAGCGUGUAAGAUUUUUUUAGUGAAUGGAAAUUUCAAAUUCACACUCAUAAUGCAGGACAACACGGAAACUAGUUUAUUCAACGAUUGUGAUAAAGAUAACCUAAAUGGCUCUAAGCUACACGAGCAUGACAGUGGCAUCGAAAAUAGCAACAGCAGUUACAACAACAGCACCACUAAUCUAAUGGGCAAAAGUACGGAAAGUCCUUCAACUCCAAACCGAACAAUGUCAAAUGCGGAAAAAUAUGAAGCCAAAAAAUCCAUUUUCAUUUUGAUUGGAAUCUUUUCCAUCAGCUUGGCAGCAAUGUUCUACGUGUAUAUGAUGUUCCCAAAAUUGGAUGAAUCCGAGAGACAGCACAUCAAAUUACCGUGGGACAUAGAAGAUGCAAAAAAAUUAGGUCAAGUGCUCGAUCGAUAUAAGGAUAAAUACUACGUAGAGGUUAUGUCAGCUGUCGUGAUAAUAUACAUCUUCCUACAAGCAUUUGCGAUUCCAGGAUCGCUGUUCUUGUCCAUUUUGUCUGGGUUUCUAUUCAAAUUUCACAUAGCAUUGGGCUUGGUUUGCAUUUGUUCGGCCGUUGGUGCUAGUCUGUGUUAUUUGCUGUCGCAAUUAGUCGGACGACGUUUAGUUAAGCAUUAUUUCCCGGAAAGAGCUCAACAAUGGUCCGAACAGGUAGACAAACAUCGAAAUGAACUGCUCAGUUACAUUUUAUUCCUUCGCAUGACGCCAUUCUUGCCAAAUUGGUUUAUCAACCUGGUUGCACCAGUCAUUGGUGUGCCAUUGUAUCCAUUUGCACUGGGAACAUUUUUGGGUGUUGCUCCGCCAUCAUUCUUGGCGAUUCAGGCUGGCCAAACGCUAAACACAAUGGCGAGUUCAUCGGACGCUUUCUCACUACGAUCCACGUUAUUGUUGGGCGUGUUUGCGGUGCUCUCCCUAACUCCAGUCAUUUUCAAGAAGCAAUUCAAGCAGAAACUUCAGUAAAUUCACCCUAAAAACACACGAGUCAUUCGCCAGCAAGUAGAAAAAAUAUGUAGAAAACCGUUACCAAUGUCCAAUUUAUUAUUGGAUUCUUAGUUUGAUUGGGAUGAACCUGUUUUUUUUUUUAUCAUGUCACAAUUCUCCCUGAAACACACUUGAAUGUAUCGUAUUUUUGCACACAAUUUUAAUGUCCCUUUUAGAAUGAAAAAAACCAAUGAUAAAGUAAUUUUAUGUAAAUCCCGAUCGAUUCUCUUUUUCGCUGAUGAAAAAAGUACAAAAAAAGAACUAAUUUAUUUAUUUUGUAUUUAAAAAAAAAGUAUACAAGAUUCAAUGGAGACAAGACCAUUUUUUUUUUGGCAAUGAGUUAAACUAUUCGAAACUUUUCCACUUGUACAACUAGAGAAGAAUCAACUAGUAGAAUAAAAAAAAAAACAAUACAAACAAAACCAUAAAUACAACCCUAGAAUUCUAUGAACUGUGUUAGUUUUAGAGUGGAUUUGUAGACAUCGGUAGACAUCAUUUUGACCAAAUUUCAAAUUAAAUAAAUAUGAUUAAAAUCUCCCAAACAAACAAUUUGAUAAGAUACGAGACAAAAAAUACGAAUUCAAUAAAAAUAUAAACUAGAUUGCCAUUUAGACUUUGGAA